GUCGGAUCUCGGGUGGCAGAAAGUGAAACCCCAUACAAGACCAAGAACCGCAAUUGUCGCUGCUGCAUUUUUGGUCCGCCUUUCUCUCCUCUCCCUUCCUUCAACGGAUCGGAGGGCUCCAGGCGAAGACGAUCGUUCGAAUGCCGGGAGUUUGAGAUCGUCGCACAAGUGAGAGACCAGAGCGAGCUCGGCAACCUCCACCUGUGCCAUCUCCAAAGCUCGAGCCGUCUCCCCGCCCUUGACCCAUCCCCCGCCAGCUUUUUCACCCUCGUCGUCAAGCUUUUUUCCUCUUCGCGAGGGGCAAUUUCCCCGUAGCCGUCAUGGCUGCUCGCGUGUUCCCCCCGGCGUCGGCUGGCGUCACCCGCGCCGAGGGAGAGGAGAGGCUCGUCUGCCUCGAGCUCCAGGAUGGCUCCGCGUACCAGGGCUACAGCUUCGGCGCCCCCAAGAGCAUGGCUGGAGAGCUUGUCUUCCAGACCGGCAUGGUGGGAUACCCAGAGUCCAUCACAGACCCCUCAUACAGGGGUCAGAUCCUCGUCAUCACCUUCCCUCUUGUCGGCAACUACGGCGUCCCCUCGCGCAAGACCAUGGACGAGCUGCUCGGAGACCUUCCUGCCCACUUCGAGUCCUCUCAGAUCCACAUCGCCGGUCUGGUUACCGCAUCAUACUCUGGAGAGGAUUUUUCGCACUUCCUGGCUGAGUCCUCGCUGGGCACAUGGCUCAAGGAGCAGGGCGUGCCCGCCAUGUUCGGCGUCGACACGCGCGCCUUGACCAAGCAUAUCCGCCAACAUGGAAGCAUGCUGGGACGCAUGCUUCUGCAGAAGCAAGACCCCCUUGCCUACGGCCAAGCUGCCAACGGCGACGGCACCCUGCCAGUGAUCAAGAGCCUGGCGAUCCCCGACUGGGCGCAGCACUUUGAGGAUAUCAACUGGGUUAACCCCAACAAGAAGAACCUUGUCGCGGAGGUGUCCAUAACCGCGCCGAAGCUCUACCAACCCCCGACUGGCACCGCUUUGAAGCACCCUUCCGGCCGCCCCAUACGGAUUCUCUGCCUCGAUGUUGGUAUGAAGUACAACCAGCUCCGCUGCUUCCUCAGGCGCGGUGUCGAGGUGCUGGUCUGUCCCUGGGACUACGACGUCUCGCAGGGAGCCGGUACUGAGUACGAUGGCCUGUUCCUCUCCAACGGCCCCGGUGACCCUUCGGUGCUCCAGGACACCGUCAAGAGAAUUUCCGGGGCUGUUGCGGCCAACAAGACGCCCAUCUUUGGUAUCUGCCUGGGCCACCAGCUACUCGCGAGGGCCUCGGGUGCCAGCACCAUCAAGAUGAAGUUUGGAAAUCGCGGCCACAACAUCCCCUGCACCAGUAUGGUCACGGGCAAGUGCCACAUCACCUCGCAGAACCACGGGUACGCUGUCGAUACGUCGACUCUGGUUGAUGGCUGGAAAGAGCUCUUUGUCAAUGCCAACGACGGCAGCAACGAGGGCAUCAUGCACAUGGAGAAGCCCCACUUCAGUGUUCAGUUCCAUCCUGAGAGCACUCCCGGUCCCCGAGACACCGAGUUCCUCUUCGAUGUCUUCAUCAGCACGGUGGUGAAGUGUGCCACCGACAGCAGCUCUCUGCAGACCCCCGUUCACUUCCCUGGCGGGACUGUGGAGGAGAACAACAAGCUGCACCCCCGUGUCCACGUUAAGAAGGUGCUCGUUCUCGGCAGUGGCGGCUUGAGCAUUGGUCAGGCUGGCGAGUUCGACUACUCGGGUAGCCAAGCCAUCAAGGCCCUGAAGGAGGAGGGCAUUUACACUGUCCUCAUCAACCCCAACAUUGCCACUAUCCAGACAUCCAAGGGCCUUGCGGACAAGGUCUACUUCCUACCGGUGAAUGCGGAUUUCGUUCGCAAGGUCAUCAAGUACGAGAGGCCCGAUGCCAUCUACGUCACCUUUGGAGGUCAGACCGCCCUGCAGGUCGGGAUCCAUCUCAAGGAUGAAUUCGAGGAGCUCGGUGUCAAGGUUCUUGGCACACCCAUCGAGACCAUCAUCACGACUGAGGACCGCGAGCUCUUUGCCCGCAGCAUGGAGUCGAUUGGCGAGAAGUGCGCCAAGUCGGCUUCCGCCAGCAGCGUUGACGAAUGCAUGCGCGUCGUCAAGGACAUUGGCUUCCCGGUCAUUGUCCGGGCAGCCUACGCCCUGGGCGGGCUUGGCAGUGGUUUCGCCAACAACGAGGCCGAGCUGCUCGAUCUUUGCAACAAGGCUCUGGCGGCAAGCCCUCAGGUGCUGAUCGAGAGGAGCAUGAAGGGCUGGAAGGAGAUCGAGUACGAGGUCGUGCGUGAUGCCCAGGACAACUGCAUUACGGUCUGCAACAUGGAGAACUUUGACCCGCUGGGUAUCCACACGGGCGAUUCUAUCGUUGUUGCUCCCUCGCAGACGCUCUCGGACGAGGACUACAACAUGCUACGGACGACGGCGGUCAAUGUCAUCCGUCACCUGGGCGUUGUUGGCGAGUGCAACAUCCAGUACGCUCUGAACCCCUUUUCAAGGGAGUACUGCAUCAUCGAGGUCAACGCGAGGCUUUCGAGGUCCUCGGCUCUUGCUUCCAAGGCAACCGGCUACCCCCUGGCAUUCAUUGCCGCCAAGCUCGGUCUGGGAAUCCCGCUAAAGGAGAUCUCCAACUCGGUCACCAAGGUUACCUGUGCCUGCUUCGAGCCGUCGCUUGAUUACGUCGUGGUCAAGAUGCCCCGUUGGGAUCUCAAGAAGUUCACUAGGGUGUCUACGCUUCUCGGCUCGUCCAUGAAGAGUAUUGGUGAGGUUAUGAGCAUCGGCCGCACGUUCGAGGAGGCCAUCCAGAAGGCUAUCCGCGCCAUCGACUUCCACAACCUUGGCUUCAACGAGACCAAGGCUCUGAUGUCGAUCGAUGACGAGCUGCAGACGCCGUCGGACCAGCGGUUAUUUGCCAUUGCCAAUGCUAUGAACAGCGGCUACUCUGUCGACAAGAUCUGGGAGAUGACCAAGAUCGACAAGUGGUUCCUCAACAAGCUCAAGGGGCUCAGCAACUUCGCCAAGAGCAUGAACACCUUCAGCGCCGGCGAUAUUGCCAAGCGCCCCGACCUGCUCCUCCAGGCCAAGCGCCUAGGUUUCUGCGAUAGGCAGCUGGCCAAGUUCUGGAGCUCCAACGAGCUGGCGGUGCGCCGUAUGCGCCUCGAGGCCGGGAUUACGCCGUUUGUGAAGCAGAUCGACACCGUGGCCGCCGAGUUCCCUGCCUUCACCAACUACCUCUACCUUACCUACAACGCCACCGAACAUGACAUCUCGCUUGACGACCACGGCGUUAUGGUUCUUGGCUCCGGCGUGUACCGCAUUGGCUCUUCGGUCGAGUUCGACUGGUGUUCCGUCCGCGCAAUCCGCACUCUCCGCGAGAGUGGAUACAAGACCAUUAUGGUGAACUACAACCCCGAGACGGUCAGCACGGACUACGACGAGGCCGACAAGCUCUACUUCGAGAACAUCAAUCUGGAGACUGUGCUUGACAUCUACCAGAUGGAGUCUGCUAGCGGCGUCCUGGGUGCCAUGGGCGGCCAAACCCCGAACAACAUCGCCCUCCCCCUUCUCCGUUCCGGCGUCAAGGUUCUGGGCACGUCCCCCGAGAUGAUCGACACCGCCGAGAACCGCUACAAGUUCUCGCGUAUGCUUGACAGGAUCGGAGUGGACCAGCCUACCUGGAAAGAGCUGACGAGCUUUGCUGAGGCCCAAAGCUUCUGCAACUCGGUGUCGUACCCCGUGCUUGUCCGCCCGUCGUACGUGCUUUCGGGCGCUGCCAUGAACACGGUCUACUCCGAGGCCGAUCUCGAAUCGUACUUGCAACAGGCCGCCGAGGUUUCCCGCGAGCACCCUGUCGUUAUCACAAAGUACAUCGAAAAUGCCAAGGAAAUCGAGAUGGACGCAGUUGCAAAGGAUGGCAAGGUUGUCGGCCACUUCAUCUCAGAGCACGUCGAGAAUGCCGGUGUGCACUCGGGAGACGCCACCCUGAUCCUACCCCCACAGGAUCUGGAAAAGACCACGAUCGAGCGGAUCGAGGAGGCGACGCGCAAGAUCGCCGACGCACUCAACGUCACGGGCCCGUUCAACAUCCAGUUCAUCGCCAAGGACAACGACAUCAAGGUCAUUGAGUGCAACGUCCGCGCCUCGCGUUCGUUCCCCUUUGUGUCCAAAGUCAUGGGCGUCGACCUCAUCGAGAUGGCUACCAAGGCCAUCAUGGGGUUGCCUUUCGAGGAGUACCCCGAUGUGGACAGGAACGCCGAGUGCGUUGGUGUCAAGGUGCCCCAGUUCAGCUUCUCCCGUCUUUCGGGAGCUGACCCUGUGCUUGGUGUUGAGAUGGCGUCGACGGGAGAGGUGGCCUGCUUCGGCACCGACAAGUACGAGGCUUACCUGAAGGCCCUGAUCUCGACGGGCUUCAAGAUCCCCCGCAACAACGUGCUUUUAUCCAUCGGUUCGUACAAGGACAAGAAGGAGAUGUUGCCGUCGGUGGCCAACCUGCAGAAACUUGGGUACAAGCUUUUCGCAACGGCAGGGACAGCCGACUUCCUUCAGGAGCAUGGCAUCCCGGUGCAGUACCUCGAGGUCCUCGGCGCCGAGGACGACGACCAAAAAUCCGAGUUUUCUCUGACGCAGCACCUGGCCAAGAACAUGAUCGACCUCUACAUCAACCUGCCGUCCAACAACAAGUACAGGCGCCCGGCCAACUACAUGAGCAAGGGCUACCAGACCCGCAGGAUGGCGGUGGACUACCAGAUCCCGCUUGUUACCAACGUCAAGAACGCCAAGAUCAUGGUUGAGGCCAUCGCCAGGCACUUUGAGCUUGAGGUGGGCGUGCGCGACUACCAGACGAGCCACCGCACCAUGAUCCUCCCUGGCCUGAUCAACAUUGCCGCCUUCGUCCCGGGGCUGGUGUCUCAGGGCAGUGAGGAUCUGACUACGGUCAGCAGGGCAUCGGUUGAGUCUGGCUUCAGCAUGAUCCGGGUUAUGCCCCUGGGCGUGGAGGGCUCCAUCACGGAUGCGCGGACGCUCAAGAUCGCGCAGGUUAACAGCAAGACGGGGGCGCACUGCGACUUCAACUUUUCUGUCUCGGCAACCUCAACAAACUCGCAGCAGAUCAGCCAGGUCACGGGCGAGGUGGGCUCGCUCUUCAUCCCCUUCAACCACCUCUCGGACAACAUCAGCAAGGUGGCCGCUGUGACGGAGCAUUUCGACUCGUGGCCGACGCACAAGCCGAUUGUUACGGACGCGAAAACGACAGACCUCGCAUCCAUCCUACUCCUUGCCAGCCUCCACAGCCGAAGGAUCCAUGUGACCUGUGUCACGACCAAGGAUGACAUCAAGCUCAUCGCACUAAGCAAAGAGAAGGGACUCAAAGUGACGUGCGACGUGUCCAUCUACUCACUGUACCUGUCUCAGAGGGACUUCCCUUGCCAGCUGCUCCCGACUGUCGAAGACCAGAAGGCGCUGUGGGAUCACAUGGCCACCAUCGAUGUCUUCUCGGUCGGCAGUCUGCCGUAUCAGCUGGCGCACACGCUGGGUCACAGCGUCGACGCGUCGGUGGGCAUCGCGGACGCCCUGCCUCUCUUGCUGACGUCGGUCGCUGAGGGCAAGCUCAGCAUCGAUGACAUCAAGGUGCGGCUGCACGAUAAUCCCAUGGAGAUCUUUGAGCUUCACGAGCAGCUUGGCACCUCAGUCGAGGUCGAGAUGAACCGCCCGUACACCGUUCCGACGAGAAGCGAGUGGUCGCCGUUUGCUGGCCGCAUGAUGCGCGGGUCGGUGCAGAGGGUCACGUUCGACGACAAGGUUGUCUGUCUCGAUGGCCAGACCCUCAAGGUGGCGCCUCUGGGCAAGGACAUGUCAACACACAACGCCCUGCCCCUUCCGAUGUCUCCUCCUAUGAAGCCUGCUGGCGACAGCACCGCCGCGGCUAGACGCCACUCGAUUCUGACGGCAGGCCCGCGGCCUAUCCUCCGCCCUCGCGGCUUGGAUUCUGCCAUGUCGCCGACGGUGGGUGCCAAGCUGUUGGCAGACCACGAGAUCCCUGGCCAUGCGAUCCUGCCAUCCCUGGGUGGCGCGUCCUCUCUGAAGGAGCUCCUGGCGGCGCCGUCGCGAUUCAAGAACCAGCAUGUGCUCUCGGUGCAUGACUACAAGCGCGGGGACCUUCACCACCUCUUCACGGUGGCGCAGGAGAUGCGGCUGGGGGUGCAGCGCGACGGGGUGCUCAACGUGCUCCAGAACCGGGUGCUUUGCACGCUGUUUUAUGAGCCCUCAACUCGCACGUCGGCGUCGUUCGACGCGGCGAUGCAGCGGCUCGGCGGCCGGACUAUCGCCAUCUCGACGUCGCACUCCUCGGUGCAGAAGGGUGAGUCGCUGCAGGACACAAUCCGCACGGUAGCGCAAUAUGGCGACGCCGUAGUGCUUCGACACCCAGAAGAGCACAGCGCAGAGGUGGCGCAGAAGUUUAGCCAGGUGCCCGUGAUCAACGGCGGUAACGGCAGCAAGGAGCACCCGACGCAGGCCUUCUUGGACCUCUUUACGAUCCGGGAGGAGCUGGGCACGGUCCAGGGGCUGACCAUCACGUUUGUCGGCGACCUCCUGUACGGACGCACGGUGCACUCGCUGGCGAGCCUGCUGCGGCACUACGAGGUGCGGAUCCAGCUAGUCAGCCCCAAGAGCCUGGCGCUGCCGGCCUACGUUCGCGACCGGCUCGUGGAGCGCGGGCAGCUAUUGAGCGAGUCGGAGGCGCUCACACCCGAGAUCGUGGCGCGCUCCGACGUGCUCUACUGCACCCGCGUGCAGAAGGAGCGGUUCCCGAGCCAGGAGGCAUACGAUGCGGUGCGCGGGUCCUACAGGGUCGACAACGCGAUGCUGCGGCACGCCAAACCCAACAUGGUCGUGAUGCACCCGCUCCCGCGGAACGAGGAGAUCGCGGAGGAGGUUGACUUUGACCAGAGGGCCGCCUACUUCAGACAGAUGAGGUACGGCCUGUACUGCCGCAUGGCGCUUCUCGCGCUGGUGAUGUCCUAGGAUGUCGGAAGCCAGCGUUGUUGUUGUGGAUCCGUCUCGUCUUGUGGGAUGAGAAAGGAUACAUAUUCGACAUUUGAGAAGUGUGUCAUUGUCAGAGUUCGGACGCAUUCCAUCUGAAUCGUUUCUUUUCUCUCUCUCUUUUUUUCCCCUGUGGGUAUAGGUUGGUGGUAGAUAAAAGUCGUUGUGUUUUGUUGCGAGGGUGGUAUGCAGCAGCCUAAAGGCUCACUCCAUCCCGCUCUGGCGUUUUCUCAUCGUUGCUUUCUUUUUCUCCUUACUUGCACGCAUCAUUCCUGAGCUCCUCGUGAUAGCCCUGUUAGACGUAAAACCGCGCAUUUAGACAAGCAAGUGAUAGGAGACGUGGAUCAUGGCUGCCGAUCCAUCUGUUAUAUAUCGUAUGGUACCGUAUGUGUGCAAGCAUUUCGUCUUGUAUGCGUAUGUGUACCUGCGUUGCGUUUGGUUGGGAUUUGGCGUUUGGUUUGUUUUUGUUUUCUCUUCGUUUGUCGGGUGCAUUUUUUCUUUCCUUUUCUCUUUUCUCAUUUGCUCUACUGUAUUUUCUUCACCAAGAUACCCCUGUACUGCUAGUUAGCUCGUGGUCCCUUUUGGACUGGUUUGGUUCGCAUUGAUUGAAUUUGAAGCUGGCGAUCGCCAGGCGUUGGUGUCGAUGUCACCAUCGAGUCAUGGGAGACAGCCUAU